UGUGCUAGACACUUGUCAACCGGGAACAAACGAGUUUUGCAGCGGUUAGUCUAUUAGGGCUGCGCUUGUGUUUAUCUGGGCGCGAGGUGCAGCUGUACAUCCUUGCACUGGAGCACAUGUAGCAGUAUGCAGCAGCGCAGUUUGGAUUUUAGAGUUGCUUUAAUAAUCUCAGGACUGAUUCCGAGUGUGUCUGAAAUAUUCGACUCCUCUGUGUCUAAAAUAUUUAACGACUCCUCUAUGUCUGAAGGCAGCGUGUUAAAAGUCUAGCAUUUACCAGUUUUGUUGUAUUUUUAUACUUCUUAACUUCUAACGUCGACCAGGAAGUAAUUCAUAAAUCUUUAAACCAAAUUCAUAUUAGUUCAUAUCUGGAGAAAUCUUUCUGCAGAUCACUUGAAUUUACUGUUUUACACUAUAGUUGUUUUGUUUAUCGGAAGUAGCCAUGAUUCCCGAAUCUGGUGCCAGCCAACAGGUCUUCAUUGCCCCCUCAGAACUGUCCAGUAAGGCGCAUAUUCCGAAUUUGGAAACGUAUAAAGAACUUUAUGCUAAGUCUGUCGAGAAUCCUGAAGAAUUCUGGAAAGGCCUUGCAAAGGAGUUUUACUGGGAAAAGCAACCUACUGGCCAGUUCCUGGAUUAUAACUUUGACGUGACCAAAGGAAAAAUUUAUAUUGAAUGGAUGAAAGGAGGCAUCACCAAUAUCUGCUACAAUGUGUUGGACAGAAAUGUUAAAGAGAAGAAACUGGGAGACAAAAUUGCCUUUUAUUGGGAAGGAAACAAGCCAGGAACAUCUUUGAAAGUUACGUAUAAUGAACUCCUUCAGAAUGUCUGCAAAUGUGCUAAUGUUCUUCGAGAACAAGGAGUUAAGAAGGGAGACAGAGUUUCUAUCUACAUGCCUAUGAUUGUAGAACUCGUGGUUGCUAUGCUUGCUUGUGCCAGAAUCGGAGCAGUACACUCUGUAGUGUUUGCAGGGUUUUCAGCAGACUCACUUUGUGAUCGCAUCAUAGAUUCACAUUGCUCACUCUUAAUUACUGCAGAUGGCUUUUGCAGGGGAGAUAAACAAAUCAACCUGAAACAAUUAGCAGAUGAAGCACUGAACAAAUGUAAAGAAAAAAACUUUCCUGUCACAAAAUGCAUUGUGGUAAAGCACUUGUGGAAAACAGAACCCAGUUCCAAUGAUGUAUGUGCUGAAGGACCAUCACCACUCAAGAGAAUUUGCCAGAACUUACAGACACCUUGGAAUGCAGCUAUAGACAUGUGGUGGCAUGAGCUAAUGGAAGAUGCUAGUGACCAGUGUGAACCAGAAUGGUGCGAUGCCGAGGACGAUCUGUUUAUUUUGUAUACAAGUGGAUCAACUGGGAAACCAAAGGGUGUUGUGCACAGCAUUGGUGGAUACAUGAUUUUUACUGCAACAACCUUCAAGUAUGUGUUUGAUUACCACCCAGAUGAUGUGUAUUGGUGCACAGCUGACAUUGGGUGGAUCACUGGCCAUUCCUAUAUAACCUAUGGACCUCUGGCUAAUGCAGCCACUAGUGUCUUGUUUGAAGGGCUUCCAAUCUACCCUGAUGAGAGUCGAAUGUGGCAGAUUAUUGACAAAUAUAAAGUAAGCAAGUUUUAUACUGCUCCAACUGCAAUUCGAUUACUUAUGAAGUACGGAGAUGAGCCUGUGAAAAGGCACAGUAGAAAGUCGCUCAAGAUUUUGGGGACAGUUGGAGAACCCAUCAACCCAGAAGCAUGGCUGUGGUACUAUCGAGUUGUUGGGGAGGAGCGAUGCCCCAUUGUGGAUACAUUCUGGCAAACAGAGACAGGAGGGCAUGUGAUGACUCCUCUUCCUGGCGCAACACCUCUAAAACCAGGGUCUGCUACACUUCCAUUUUUUGGAGUUGUUCCUUCUAUUCUGAAUGAAUCGGGAGAGGAACUGGAAGGAGAAGCUGAAGGCUACUUGGUAUUUAAGCAACCUUGGCCAUCAAUAAUGCGGUCUGUCUAUGGGAACCACCCAAGGUUUGAGAAAACAUACUUUAGAAAGUUCCCAGGAUACUACGUCACAGGAGAUGGUUGUAAAAGAGAUAAAGACGGUUAUUACUGGAUCACAGGAAGAGUCGAUGACAUGCUAAAUGUAUCAGGUCACCUGCUUAGUACCGCUGAGGUUGAAUCUGCUCUUGUUGAACACCGUGCUGUCGCAGAGGCUGCCGUGGUGAGCCAUCCACAUGCAGUAAAAGGCGAAUGCCUCUAUUGUUUUGUCACCCUAAAGGAAGGACGCAAGUUCAGUAAAACACUGGAGGAAGAGCUCAGGAAACAAGUACGUGAAAAGAUCAGCCCCAUUGCAACACCUGAUUUUAUACAAUAUGCACCUGCCUUGCCUAAAACACGUUCGGGUAAAAUUAUGAGAAGAGUGUUAAGAAAAAUAGCCAGGAAUGAGAAGGACCUUGGAGAUACGUCAACUCUUGCAGAUCCAGCUGUAGUAGACCAGUUAUUUACCAGUCGAUGUCAAAUGUUUAAUGUCUGAUUGUCUAAUCCAUUUCUAGAAAGUUAGAUUCAUGAAUCAUAGACAUUAACAAACAAGUAUUUGAUUAUUUGGUAGUAGAGAUGUAUUUUUAAGUGUUCAUUGUUAUGAAGAGAUUAAGAUAAAGCACUUACAAAUCAAACAAAAUUGAAACUGCUACUCGAGUUGUGUGCUUAUAUUAGAUUUUCUGUACAGCUGGCUGGAACUGUAAAACAAGUACGUUAAAAUAUUUAAUUUCUCUAAAAUUUAGUGCAUUAUCAUCCUGUUUUUAUGUCAACAUGCUGUUUGUAUGUUGUUGCAUUAUAUUACAUCUUAAAAAGAAAUCCACAUUUUGUUACACUUCAGUAUCUGGCCAGCUAACUAGAAUUAGAGCAAAACACUAUAUUUUUUUAAUUGAUAAUACCUAUCUUACUCUACUGUAGUCUUGUUUCCAGAUUUGGGUUGUUUCAACUUUGAUAUUAAUGGUGGUCAGUGAUUGAUGUAAUUUUAACAGAAGAUUUUUUAUUGUUAGCUACAUACAUGAAUUAGGAGAUAAUGCUUAAUGAAGUCUACCUCAUUCCUCCCUUCACUCUCUCUUUAAAUACUCCUCUCCCCAUUCCAGUUUUUAAAAGACAGCACUGUACAGAUGUCAGGUUUCUCUCAACACAAAGUUCUUUAAUGUUCCUUUAGUCUAACUCAUAGAGCACCACUUGAUUAUGUUGUCUGUGCACACCAUUUUGGCCUUCCAUGAAAGUUUGCAUUGUUUCCUUUCAGAAUAUUUUUGCAGCAUUUGUUAUUAACCCAAUCCAGUAAGCACUCCCACCAAGUGUUUUUUUUUUUUUUUUUUUAUACGGGUGGCAUAGAAUGACAGAGAAUUUUACACUUAUUACUGUUAUUUUAGGAGAGGAGUACCUGCAAUGAAGGCAUUUAGAAGUUUUACAGAAGAAAGUGCUUUGACCAUUGUUUUGUGUUUAAUCAAGAAAAGGACCAUAGUGACUUGUUUAGGAUUUUGCAACUAAAACAUGUCAAAGCAAGUCAUUUGAAAGGAUCUGCUAACACUUUGAGCAUGUCUUCUGACAUGUUCAAAGGAAGUGCUAAUUCAGAGGACUGCCAUUCUGACUCAGUGGAGAUACCAUGUUGAAGUGAGGGGCUAGGCAAUGUCAUGUAAUUUCAUAAUAUGGAGGAUGUAUUGCAUUGUAGAAAAAUGAAACCAUGGCCGAAAAAUAAAAUCACAUUAGUAUGAUUGCCUCUCUACCACUUUAGGGCAGAGCAAACAUAAAAUAUUACUAGCUAGUUAUAAUGAUUCUAAUCAAAAUGCAUGUUUUAAGAGUUUGAUUCUAUUUUAGCUUUAAAUGACCUAUAGUUAAGUAUUAAUUUGGAGACCAGUGACUUCACUGCAGAUGGUACUUCUUAGCUGAAUUGUGUUAUACAGCUGUUUACUAGUUGCGGAAGUGAUAGCAUAUGCUGUUGUUUUUGUAAUCUGCAUGUUUGUCAUCUGUAAGACUUUUUUAGGUCUAAAGAAAUUGAAGCACUAUUAAUGAGCAUUGAAUUAGGUAUUGUUUUAUGGCAGCUCUGCUCUUUUGUUUCAGGUGUGUUCACUGUUAGGAGUGGACUGCUGGCGUUGUUGUUGUGAUGCAGCCACAUAUACGGCUAGCUGUUCAAGAGAGCAUAUUGUACUGGCUGUAGAAUUGUAAUACUAUGUAUUUUGAUUAAUGUCUGUAGAGCACUGGAUACAUUGGUGGGAUCAUUUAAAGAGUCAACCACAAAAAUAGUAUGUUUAUUGCUCCAGAGAGGCAACUUCUGUUUAUACCACUAAAAGCUGCCAUCAGAGCUUUGGCAACUGGACCAUUAAUGGAAGUUCACUUGCUAUUUAAGUCACUCACUGAAAAUAUUGGGGAGCAUAAAUGUGCCUGACUUCAAUGUCUAGUGUUCUUGGACCUACAUGACAUGGCUAUCCAUGUAUGCCUUACUCAAGCAGACAAGUUAUUCAUGCAUGCAUUACCAAACAACCAGUCAUGUCCCUCUGAACUGUAUCUUAGUAGUGGUCAGAGAACAAAAAAGUGGAGCCAGCAGACUGCCUAUAUCUGGGGGCUGCAUUGUCUAACUAAAUACUGUAAAGUCUGACAUGUCGUUCCAUCUUAUUUUACAGACAGUGCUUCACAGAGAUGACACAGAAUGUUUACGGCAGCAGAUAAUGGCUCCUUCCUUUUCCCAUUUAGGGUUUUGGGUAGCUCUAACUAUAUUGUUUCACCCUGCAUAUCAUGCCAUCCCCAAUUUUUGCUUAAUUUCUUUCUACUUUAACAGAAACUCCAUUAUAGAAAUCCCUAAUUAUUAACUGCAUGUUUUAGAUGCACUUGUAAACUUUAAAAUCCCACCCUCCUUCGUUCCAGAUAGUGUUGUAAAUUAGUGGCAUGUUGUUUCUGAUAGUUUGUGUUGCAUGCAUUUCUGCUUUCAGUAUUUUUAUCAUGUCAAGUCCUCUGAAUUUUUAGUAAUUUAUCUAAGUAAUUCAGGUACUUGCUUCUGUUAUACAACUUUUUUUCAAAGAUCCCCUGUUCAGUUUUAAGGCCAGUGUGAAUUCUCUAUUUGUAGUAUGCACAAAGAGUUAUGUGUUCUUUUCUGCACUUUAUGUGCCUAGUAAUGCUUCUUCAACAUUAGUUUGCUGUUAAGCUUCAUUUGUAUGUAUUCACCUAGUCUCUUUAUUCUGUUAAAGGACAGAAACAGAACACCCAGAAGUGGUUUGCUAUAGGUACUAAAUUUAAGAGCCCACAAUGAAAUUUUGGGUACAGAAAGAGUUAAGUGGGAUAUUUCUGAUUAUUUUCUAUAUGUAUUUAAUCAGUCUACAGUGAAUAUGAUGUCACAGUUUUGCAGACCAUUGUCUAAAUUUGUCAAAAGUCUUUUCAAGUUUGAGGUUCAUUUAAGCUCUAAUGUUAUCCUCACAGUCAGAUACCAUUAUAUAGUAACAUAUAACCUUGAUUUUAAAUUAAAAAUUUGUGCAUGGUCGCCAUGCACUUUAGAAGUGAAACUUCUGUAAGGAAGUGCCAAGGAAAGCAAAUAGUAUUAUAAAUGAAGGAGUGGAACAGUCAGAUUAUGGUAGCUGGAAUGAUUUAUUUACAUGUAAUUGCUAUUUAAAUGUAAUUAAAAUUGACAUACAAUUGUUUGAAAUCUAUAAUACACAAUAUGAUCCACAAAAUAUUAUACAAAAUACGAUACAUAAAUACAAAAGUUAGUAUUAAUAGAAAUUAAAUACCAUGUGACGUAAAUAAUAUGGUACACAACGAGAGAAAGAAUUUACACAGGUUAAAGAGAAAAUGUAAAACAUUAAUAAAUUAUUUAAAUGUUAUUAAAAUUGACAUACAACUGCUUGAAAUCUAUAAUGCAUAUGAUAUAAUCCGCAAAAUAUUAUACAGAAUAUGAUACAUAAAUAUAAAAGCUAUUAUUAAUGUAGAUCGCAUACCAUGUGACAUAAAUAAUAUGAUACACAAGGAGAGAAAUUAUUUACAUAAGUUA